CUACUUUUACUAAGACUUUUCAGUUCCUAUUUACUUUAUCAGUUUUUCUUUAUUUAGUUUCUAGAAUAUGCUAUUUACAAAACCUGCAGUCUUUCUUCCUCGAAUCUCUAGAGUUAGAACCGUAUAUAACAAGUCCAGAUCCGGAUCAAGGGAAGUCGUAGGGUUCGGUGUAAAUGGCUCGAACGCCUACAAGGACGAUGCUCAUUUCCCUUUUCCUUCUAUCAGGUUUCAGGAAACCAAAGGAAUGAUAAUUUCGCUUAAGCUAAAAGAAUUGGGCGACUGGAAAAUGUUGUGUCAAGAAGACAAGAAGAUGCUGUACCGAGUUUCGUUCUGUCAGACCUUCUCCGAGUUUCAACAUCCUACAGGGACGUGGCGUCUUGUCUUGGGCGUGGUUUUAUUUGUUUCUUCUUGGGGAUUUUGGUUAAUGAUUUUUACUGAAUAUUACGUGCGGGAUACUCCUCCCGAGAGCUUGGAAGAGUUCAACCAGAAGGAGCAACUCCGACGGAUGCUCGAAAUCAGAGCGAAUCCCAUCGACGGUAUCUCAUCAUAUUGGAACUAUGAUCGUGAAGAUUGGAGGUGGGUGAAGAUCACGAAAUUGGACGACUAGAUUCACAAUGCUUAACAACGAUUACAUGUCGUUGAAAAUAGGUUCUUGUGAAUAAAAUGGACUGUAGAUGAUUACCAUAUGAAUUAAUAUACUUAAUGUGAUGAUUGUUACGCAUGGUACAAGUUCCCUGUAUGCCGCAUUUGCUCGGUGCUCUUUUCAGCAGGUAUUUCUGGCAACACUGGCACACAACCAAUAAUCUUAAAGAUUAUAGUUAUGUUUUACUGAGUCGACGACACAUCAAAACUUACCAAAUUGGAUGGUAGACCAGUAAUGUGUGGAAAAGGGACAUUCCUGCGGUCGGUCGCUUUAAUGUAACGUCUUGAAGUGACCACUUAUUUAUCUUAAUAUUAAGCUCUUGAAGCCGUAUGCGCUUGAAAGAGCUAUAGUGGAAGUCUCAGUUGGCAAAACCGUCGGUCCUAAGAUAGGCACUCUUCCAAUAUUAGUCUUAUUAUUUAACUCACUACUCGAGCGUAGAUGGCUGACAUAAUUUAUUGCAUCUAUUUUAAUAGCUUAAGCCUAAUCG